AGUGUGAAGAGCAGAGGUGGAGGCCGGACCGGUGUGUGUGUGUGUAUAUCAGUGUGAGGAGCGCCGCUGGAGAUGUCUCUGAGGGUUCGGCCCUGGCUCACGCUGCUCUCAGGGCUGCUGGAGUGUCUGGGCUUCGCCGGGGCCGUGUUCGGAUGGGCCACGCUGGUGUUCGUGCUCAAGAGCGAAGGAUACUUCAGCAGUCUGUGUGUGAACGCCACCGUCAACGGCACUGCAGCUGAAGAUUGCAGAGGUCAGGAUGAGCAGUUCUCCCUCGUCUUCACCAUCGCAUCCUUCAUGAAUAACUUCCUCACACUCCCGAACGGAUUCCUGUUCGACCACUUCGGGACCACCGUCACCCGGCUCCUGGGAAUAUCGGUUUACACCGCAGGGAUGUUGCUAAUAGCCUUCUCCACUCCUGUGAGCUCCGUCCUCCUCUUCCCCGCUCUGUCCUUCAUCGCUGUGGGAGGAAUCCUGUUACUGAUGACCAACAUACAGGUGGCGAAUCUCUUCGGCGCUCACCGCUCCACUAUAAUCACUCUGUAUAACGGAGCCUUCGACUCUUCCUCUGCGGUGUUCCUCAUCGUCAAAUUGCUGUUUGAGGACGGUGUGUCUCUACGCUGGUCUUUCCUCUUCUUGUCCUGCUGUAGUGUUCUUCAUCUGUUCCGCACCGUUGUGCUGAUGCCUCGGACGCAUAUCCCAUACCCGCUGCCGGAGAACUACAGCUACGGGGUGAACUGCGGAGUAACCCGGGAUCAUGCCAUCGCAAAGACUGAUGAGAAGAACAUCCAGACUUCUAAGUCUAAGGAGGAAAUGCCAUUUAAAGAGACUUCCGACGCAGACACGACGGUUCGUAGUUUCAAGAGCUGUCUGCUUUCCUGGUUCUUCUUGUGGCAUUUGCUGUGGCUUUCUGUGAUGCAGCUGAGACACUACAUGUUCAUCGGGACCUUAAACCCAAUGCUGAAUCAUCUGACCGCAGGAGAACCAAGCCUCGUCAGUAGAUAUACGAAUGCGUUUGCAUUCACUCAGCUGUGUGGGAUCCUGUGCGCCCCCUGGAACGGCCUCAUCAUGGACCGACACAAGAAAAAGCAGAGAGAACCAGGCCAGAGUGAGCGAGAGGCAGACCUGAAGGCGGCCAUCUUGUCCCUGUCGCUGACGGCGCUGCAGUGUGUGUUGUUCUCAGUGUGUGCGGCGACCCCUGUCCUUCCUCUUCAGUACCUCACCUUCAUCUUCCAGGUGCUCAACAGGUCCUUCCUCUACGGGGGGAACGCGGCCUUCAUCAGCGUGGCGUUCCCGUCGGCACACUUCGGGAAGCUGUAUGGGACGGUGAUGGCUCUCUCCGCGGUGUUCUCGCUGCUCCAGUAUCCCUGCUUCGCUCUCAUUAGAGGACCACUGGGGGGAGACCCUCUUUACGUGAACAUCGCUCUGAGUGUUCUGAGUCUCCUGGCCUUCAUCCACCCUGUGUAUGUGUACCUGUACUGUCGGCGUCAGGCGGCCCAGAGACACUGAACACCCCCUGACCUCUGACCUUCAUCCACCCUGUGUAUGUGUACCUGUACUGUCGGCGUCAGGCGGCCCAGAGACACUGAACACCCCCUGACCUCUGACCUUCAUCCACCCUGUGUAUGUGUACCUGUACUGCCGGGGUCAGGCGGCCUAGAGACACUGAACACCCCCUGACCUCUGACCUUCAUCCACCCUGUGUAUGUGUACCUGUACUGUCGGGGUCAGGUGGCACACCACCUGACCUCUGACCUCUUCCCCAUGCUUUCUGUUACUGGUUACUUUUUCUUUACAAAACUUCAGGAAACAAAGUAUAAUGGAAAGAAAUAUGUGUCUAAGCUUUGAGUGUUGGUUGUGCAUAUCACCUCUUGACCCUGUGUGUGUGUGUGUGUGUGUGUGUGUGUGUGUGAUCUGAGCUGAACACAUCAGGAAACCUCCACCCUCUCCUCAUUCAUCAUGUGUGUUGUUGUUGGAUCUAGCGGCGCGGUCUCGCACGCUCUCAGAGAAUAUUACACACUCAUUUUCUGCCAGGCCAUUAUUAGUUGUUUACUGACAUUUACUCUUAAAACCCAAUACAGUGUGUACAGUAAUGCUGGAUUAUAGCGGAAAAAACACCUGUGACAAUUCCUUCAUAGAGUAUAUUUCUGUUAGUGUGGAUGUUAUUAAGAACAUUUUGCUGACAUUCCCAUCAUUUCAGAUUAUUUCUUAAUAUUGUUUGCAUGUUGUAAAACUGUUUUGUCUUGGUUGUGUGAACGUUUAGGGAACAUCGUUCUUCAAUCAUCAUGAGAAUGUUAGUUUUGAAUGUUCUCCAAACGAUCAGAAACAAGACGGACAUUUAAAACACUUGAGACGAACGUCCCGCUAAAAUGUUACAGAAAAAAAAAAAGAUUUUUUGCUUUGUCUUCUCAAAACAUAUCUAUUCAUUGUUAUUGGAAGAAUAUUCAUAAGUUUGAGAGUACUAACCCUCGGUUAGCUGGGAUGGAACAUUAUGACCUAUUUUAUACUUUUUUCUUGUUUAACUGUUGAAAAAAAAACUGUUGUUUGUUAAAAAAAUUAAAUAUUGAUAAUGAUAAAGGGAUCAUACAAAUGUGUACAUGAUUGACAUGGAUAUUUUGAGAAAUGUCUGCAGAUGAAUCAGGUGACAGGUGCAUAUUGAAUGUAUGUUGAGUUUGUUGUACCACACACACACCAGUGUCAGCCAGUGUGGAGAUGCUGUGUGAAACACUGGGUUGACUGGUGUUGGUGGUGACGCCUCUGCUGGACACUGCAGGAACUGUUAUCGCGUCACUGUACACACACAUAUAUAUAUCAGUAUUACUCCAAAUAAAGGGAAUUUUUAUACGUGCA